UCUAGAAGGCAAAAGACGCUUAGGCAUCCAUCUCGAUCGCCAAAGGGAUGCAAAGCCAUGUCCAUAUUUGUUAACACCAAAAUGAAAGAGAGAGACUGAAAAGAAAAUGCUAUAGUUUGAUGCUAAAAUAAAAUUCCGAUUCCGCCGCUAACAAACCCUAAUAAAGCUUAAUUAGCUUGGACUGUUAACUUGACUCAGCGCACCACAACCCCAGUGUGGUUCCCGGAACCGGAAGGUACUGGCUUGGCUAGGUUAGUUGCAGCAGCAACACCACACAACAGCCAAGGUAGGGCCAGUUUGAAUAUUUGCUCAACACAAGCGUUUACUAGGGUUUUUUCCGCUGAAAAGUACGUGUCCCAUUCUUGUCAACAAACGUGGCGCGCUUCUUAACAUAAGCACUUGCGUACGCAUCUCUCUCCUUCUCCUCUUCCCUCCCACAUAUUCGGCACCCUGCUUUUCUUUUUUUAUUAAAUAUAUGCAAUAUUUUUUCUGUUCAUCUGCUUCCCCAUUCAACGCCCAUAAAAUAAUAAAUCCUAUUUUUUGAGGGCAUUUUACUAAUAAUCAUUAAUUUCUAUUAAUAAAAAAAAACACAUAACCAUUUGAGUCUUCUUUGGUCGUUGCAUCGAAAAAACCAGAAUGGCGGAUUCAGAGCGAAUCCAAAAUUCGUGGAUGGCUUCGGAUCAAACUGCAAUUGAAAUGAGCGGCGAGGGCACAGGUUCCAGGGAAUGCUCUUCUCUCCCUCCGCCGCCGCAAAAACCAUUCAAUUCUGAUCAAUUGGGAAUCGGAGAACGAGCUUUCUCCGCCGCCGGCGCCGCCUUCCUCUCCGCCAUCAUUGUCAAUCCCCUCGACGUUGCCAAGACAAGGUUGCAAGCACAAGCGGCAGGGGUCGCAUAUUCUCAUCCACUCAGUAAUAUGACCAGUAGAAUGGCUUGUUUUGGGCCAAAUAUGAUAUUUGCUGAUUUAAAAUGUUCUCCAUCAUGCCACCGGGCUGGAUUCCAGGGCACAGUGUCCAUUUGUCCUCCCGAGUGUUUUCGCUACAAAGGAACACUAGAUGUUAUCUACAAAAUUAUAAAACAGGAGGGAAUUUCUAGGCUAUGGAGAGGCACAAAUGCUGGCCUGGCUCUUGCAGUACCAACUGUGGGAAUAUACCUUCCUUGCUAUGACAUACUCCGCAAUUGGUUGGAGGAAUUCACAGCUAAAAAGGCACCAACCACAACUACUUAUGUACCUCUAGUAGCUGGUUCAUUGGCACGCUCUCUAGCUUGCACUACUUGCUACCCUAUUGAACUUGCUAAAACUCGUAUGCAGGCAUUUAAAGAGACUCAAAUUGGUAAAAAGCCUCCUGGAGUGAUCCAGACUCUGCUAGGUGUUGUUUCAAAUGUCAAGAGCACAAACACUCCACAGAACAGCUUGCAAGGUUAUCGUGUUUUGUGGACUGGCAUGGGAGCUCAACUUGCCCGUGAUGUACCCUUCUCUGCUAUUUGUUGGUCGACACUUGAACCGACUAGAAGAAAACUUCUUGGUUUGAUUGGAGGUGAUGAUGCCAAUGCAUUGAGUGUUCUUGGGGCAAAUUUUGGAGCUGGGUUUGUUGCAGGAACCUUAGCAGCUGGAGCCACAUGUCCGCUAGAUGUUGUAAAAACUCGAAGGCAGAUAGAGAGGGAUCCUGUUAGGGCAUUGAAAAUGACUACAAGACAGACACUGAUGGAGGUGUGGAGAGAUGGAGGCUUGAAAGGAUUGUUUACAGGUGUUGGUCCACGAGUUGGUCGAGCAGGCCCCUCUGUUGGAAUUGUGAUUUCAUUUUAUGAAGUUGUAAAGUUUGUUCUACAUCAUCAGUACACAUAAUCAUGAUUUUCUGCACACUUUUUUUGCUGCCAAAGCAGUUAUUCAGAACCUCUGGAGAUUGCAGAACAUUUUUUUUUGGAAUGGGAAUCAUUCCAAUCCAUCCUGACCAUAAACUAACAUAAUUGAACAGGAAAAUGACCGGCAUAGGACACACUUAGGUUUUUUGAGCUGUGCAUUGUUUUUAAUUUUUUUUGCUGCUUUUGACAAGCAGAAAUUUUGUUACACUUGGGGUUCUCCCCUGAACUAUAAUCGAUUAAAUAAAAUAUGAAAAAUUGAGUUUUUUUCCUCCCAAAAA